GCACUUUACACAGCAGAGUUUUCAUUUCCUGCUUUUGGAUAACUGGUUGGACUACUUACUCUCAACUCAUUAAAGCUCAGUAAAUGCAUAUCCCUGAUGACUUGAGUCAUAGAUCCUCUUUUGUCCACAAGCAGAUGUCUUAGAAGAGAGGAAAGAGCUCUCAAAUGCUCUGCCAAUUCAGGAACUCCAUAGAACAAUGGAAUACCUUUCUGAGCCAGAAAAUUUGGAUGAAAAUGGAUAUACUCAGUUGGACUUCAGCUCUCGAAAUAUUGCCAGAAGACCUGUGUUCUCCGAGAAAGGAACUUACAGGGCAUCUCCUCAUUGGCGUUGCAUUGCUGUGACUCUGGGGAUCUUAUGCCUGGUAAUGCUGGUGAUAGCUGUGGUCCUGGGUACCACAGGUAUUUGGAGAUUUAAUUCAGGAAGCAACCCAUUGAAGAACAACAAUUUUCCAUCAAGAAAUAAAGAGAACCACAGUCGACCCACACAAUCAUCUUUAGAAGCGAGUGUGGCUCCUACUAAGGCUCUUACAACCACAGGAGUUCUUUCCAGUUCUUGUCCCCCUAACUGGAUUAUACAUGAGACUAGCUGUUACCUAUUUAGCACAUCAACAGAUUCCUGGGAGAGUAGUAAAAGACAAUGCUCUCAACUGGGCUCUAAUCUUCUGAAGAUAGAUAGUUCAAAAGAAUUGGAAUUUGUAAGAAAGCAAGUGUCUUCCCAACCUGAUAAUUCAUUUUGGAUAGGUCUCUCUCGCCAUCAGACUGAGGGACCGUGGCUCUGGGAAGAUGGUUCAAUGUUUUCUUCUAACUUGUUUCAAAUCAGAAGCACAGUUUCCCAGGAGAACUCAUCUCACAAUUGUGUUUGGAUUCACAUGUCAAUAAUUUAUGACCAACUUUGUAGUGUGCCCUCAUACAGUAUUUGUGAGAAGCAGCUCUAGAUAUAACCAUGUAUUGGCAUGAAGAUACAGAGAGAAGUACACAAAAUAUUAAGGAGGGGAGAAAACAAAACAGAAAAGAGAGAUAUUUGAGUUCAAAUUAAAUGCCGAAAUUUUAAGAGAGCCUAGCCAACAUUAAUCUAAGCUGAGAAACAGAAUGAAAAGACUGAUUUCUGUAUGUAACUCUAUUUUUAAGCUAGUAUUAUAUUCUAAUUAACAGGCCUAGAAAGGGAAUCAGGGCAGUUGGACUUGAAUUUUUAUUCUACCAUCGACUUGGUAUUUACCUAGACUUAGCUACAAAUACUUGGUGUUUCAAGGAGAUUUUAAUUUCUGGCUUUAUCAGAGUCAUUUUCUUGUCCUUAAAAAGUGCCCCUGGAGGACACAUGGUGUGUUUCCAUGAUUUGUUACUUGUAUCAGUGCAUCAAACACAGGUGGAAGGCACUAUAUAUUUCUGAAGAGUUAAAGGAAGAAAUUAAAAAUACGUAUCUUCAUUAUAAUCAGAGCUAUUUUAUUAUUUUUUUCAUCAGUAUGGUCAUGAUUAUUAUCAAAAACAUCAUGAGAAAAACAGCAACUGCAUCCUUUUUUUUUUUUUUUUUUUUUACAAUGAAAUAG